AUGACAGAUCUUCUCUCCCCCGGCGACUACGAUGACGACGCCUCCCUCCGCUCGCCUUCUGAACAAGACUCUGACCCCGAAGACGACGAAUUCCUCCGCCACUCACGCACCACCCUCGAACUCGCCGAACACGACCGCACCGUUCUCGACGAAGAAGAUGAACUCGAAAAGCUGCUAACCCGGAGCGGACCAACGCAUGGACUGCGAAGGAUUUUCAGUCCUGUUAGCGCGGGGAGUGGGAGUGUUCGAAUUGGGAAACAGGAGCGCAGGAGACGGCGGCAGGAAAGGAGGGAGGCGCGGAGACGCGAGCAGAAGACUGACGAGGGGGAGCUGAUGUAUGAGAUGGAUGAUGGGGAGGGUGAAGGCGAUGAGUUGCUUAGUAGGGGGUCGUAUGAGGGGGAGAAGGUGUAUUAUGAUGAGCCGCGGGUAUCGUGGACGAGAUAUGCACUGGUGUUUACGGCGAUUCUCGUCCUAUUUCUCAUCCUCGUCCUCGGCGCGUACAAAGCUUCCUCUUCGUUUAGAGCAUCCCGCUACCGUCCGCCGCUGCUAUCCAAUGGUACAAGUCUCUUCGCACCGACAACCAUCCUCAUCUCCCUUGACGGUUUUCGCGCCGACUUCCUCCACCGCGGCCUCACUCCGGCGCUGAGCGCAUUCAUGGCGCAAGGUGUCUCGCCCCAGUACAUGACACCCAGCUUCCCGAGCGUCACGUUCCCGAACCAUUUUACACUAGUUACCGGACUAUACCCUGAGAGCCAUGGCGUGGUGGGCAACUCAUUCUACGACCCGGCAUUGGAUGAGGAGUUUUACUACACGGAUUCAGCGAACAGCAUGCGACCACAGUGGUGGAAUGCAGAGCCUAUUUGGAACACAUUGGAGAAGCAAAAUGGUCGGUCGGCUAUACACAUGUGGCCCGGGUCAGAGGCGCAUAUUGGGGGCAUGGACCCGGAUAUUGUCGACAAGUUCAACAAGUCUGAAAACUUGGGUAGGAAAACCGAUCGCGUUUUGGGUCUACUCGAUCAGGAUGAGGAUGAGCGACCGCAGUUGAUUGCCACUUAUGUUCCAAAUGUGGAUUACAAUGGGCAUAAAUUCGGACCGAACAGUACGGAAGUGCAGAGUACUAUUGUGGAAGUAGAUGCCAUGCUAGGCGAUUUAUUCGCUGGUCUAGAAGCGCGCAAUUUGACCGACGUCGUCAAUGUCGUGAUUGUUUCCGACCACGGGAUGGCCACGACUGCCACAGAACGACUCGUGCAGCUUGAGGAUCUGGUCGAUCUAGACUUGGUAGAUCACAUCGACGGAUGGCCGUCGCGCGGCUUACGACCCAAGAACCUUGAGGCAGAGAAGAUUCUCGAAGAACAGUUACUCAGUGCAGCACCAAACUACUCUCAUGCAGUCGAGAUCUACACCCGCGAAACCAUGCCGGAACGCUACCACUUCUCGAACAACGACCGCAUCGCGCCGUUAUGGGUGAUCCCCAGGACAGGCUGGGCGAUCGUUGAGCGACCGGAGAUGGAUGCGCGAAAGGCGCUUGAGUCAGGCGAGGUCUACAGUCCGAAGGGUAUUCAUGGGUAUGACCACGAGCAUCCGCUUAUGCGGGCGAUUUUCCUUGCCCGGGGACCGGCGUUUCCUCAUACGGCUAAUAGUCGGCUGGAUGAUUUUCAAAAUGUGAAUGUAUAUAACAUUCUCUGCGAUUCGUUAGGAAUUGAACCAUUGCCGAAUAACGGGACACUGCGGCUUCCACUACAAUCCAUCGGUCUUCAUUCGGAUGAGGAUGUGCCUGUUCUUGAACAUCCCCUGGAUCCACCGACGAGCACAUCCGCGAGCACAUUCGCGAGCGCAUCCACGAGUGCUUUCACAAGCCCAGUUCCUCAAUCUACUCCCUCCGCGACCGAUGCGCCCGCGAAUACCGCAGACACCGACACUGAGGAUGACGUCGAGAAUCAACCCGCCUGGUGGAAGGCAUUCUGGGGAAAAAUGCACGACUUCAAAGAUUGGGCAGAGGACAUGGCCGAGGCAGUAAAGGACAACUUUGCGCAUAGCGAUUAA